UGGCGGCGGUCUGCAGACCUGGGACAGAAUGAAACUUGUGGACAGUACUAUUCGUAGCUUUCGAGUUGCAAAAGUAUUUCGAGAAAAUAGUGACCGAAUCAAUCAUGUUAAUUUCUCACCAAAUGGAGAAACUCUGAUCACCAGUAGUGAUGAUGAUUCCAUAGUUAUUUAUGACUGCCUCGAGGGAAAGCCGAAAAGAACCCUUUACAGCAAGAAAUAUGGUGUGGCGCAAAUCCAGUACACUCAUGCCACAAACACGGUGAUUCACACUUCGACUAAGGUUGAUGACACUAUCCGCUAUCUCUCUCUUCAUGACAACAAAUAUCUCAGAUAUUUUACAGGACACACAAAGAGAGUUAUGACCCUGCACAUGUCUCCUAUGGAUGACACUUUUGUAUCAGGAUCAUUAGACAGGACUCUCAGAUUGUGGGAUUUGAGAUCCCCAAAUUGCCAGGGACUGAUGCAUGUGAAUGGGAGACCUGUAGCAGCUUUUGAUCCUGAAGGUCUGAUAUUUGCUGCUGGAGUGGACUCUGAAAUGGUGAAACUGUAUGAUUUGAGGUCUUUUGACAAGGGUCCAUUUUCUACUUUCCACAUUCAAAAUGACCCAAACAUUGAGUGGACUGGAGUUAAGUUUAGUUCUGAUGGAAAAAUGAUCUUAUUGGCCACAAAUGGAGGAGUCAUUCAUUUGAUUGAUGCUUUUCAAGGAACACAGCUACAUACUUUCACUGGUCAUACUGUGACAAGGUCUACUCCAGUUGAAGUUUGUUUCACUCCUGAUGCACAAUAUGCCAUCUCUGGUUCUCAAGAUGGGCGUGUCCAUGUCUGGGGGUCAGACAGCGGGCAGAAGCUGACUGUUUUGGAGGGUAAUCACCCUGGUCCUAUUCAAUGUGUUGCAUUCAAUCCUAAGUACAUGAUGUUGGCCAGUGCUUGUACCAACAUGGCAUUCUGGUUACCUAAUUUAGAGGAGGUAGAUGAGGCAAGCAAAAGAUCCUUACCAAGCUAACAUGGGGCUGUUCACUCAGCCAAUGUAGUUGCCACUGAACAUUAUGAACCGAGUAUAAACAGUGGGCCACCAGGAAGUGUUGGUUUCAUCACUGUGGUUGAUGUGGGAAAAGAAUGCAGUAUAAAUGUUGUAUAUACUGGUAACAUAUCUAGUAGCAUUCAUAGUUCUGUUUAUUAGUUUGUUUUUUUUUCCUUGAAAAAAUAAAAUAUCAGAAAAUGCAUCA